CCACGGCUGGAAAAUCCUCCGGAAAAUAGACGCGUCUCGCUACAUGGAAAUGUUGACUUAGAACUUUUUUCAAAAAAAAAAAAGUUAGUGAAACUAGUGGGAAAGUUAAUUGGAAGAAGCGUCAGGAAUGAGCUCCUCGGAGGGUUUAUUGUGUCUAAGAACUGCCGAAAACAAGACUGCGGCGAUGUUGAAUGUCACCGCUGUGAACAGGACGAGCACAUCUUCGGAAAACUUUGAUGCAAAGAUCGUCGUGCCUCUCUAUGUGGCAAUAUUCGUGCUAUCCAUGAUCGGUAACUCCAUGGUUCUGAUCACACUCAUCCAGAACAAGAGGAUGAGAACGGUUACUAAUGUAUACUUAGUUAAUUUGGCGAUUGCAGAUUUACUUCUGGGUGUAUUCUGUAUGCCGUUCACCCUUAUAGGACAACUGUUGAGGAACUUCAUCUUCGGUAUAAUCAUGUGCAAAUUCAUAGCGUAUUCCCAAGUGGUGUCAAUAUCGGUGUCAGUGUGGACAUUGGUGGCAAUAUCCUUGGAACGUUACUUCGCCAUAUGCAGCCCACUGAAGUCUCGCCGUUGGCAGACGCAGUUCCAUGCUUAUAAGAUGAUCUCUUGCGUGUGGAUCACCAGUUUGCUAUGGGGUUGCCCCCUUUUAUGGACGUACGCCCUGCAGCCCACCAGACUGAAAGAUACUUUUAGGUGUAGGGAGGAGUGGCCCAGCACUUCUAGUGAACGCGCAUACAAUCUGUUCCUUAGUGGCAUCAUGUUUCUUGUUCCUUUAGGCAUGAUGAGCUUAUCUUAUUCCCUCAUCGUUAAUAAGCUAUGGAAAGGACUACAACGAGAGAUUGAUACAGUUAGACCAGUAUCUCGUGGCACCAUGGAAAUGAAAGACCUCUGCGGAAAAAACAACAACCGAGUCCUGAACGGAGGCGGAUCCUUCCGGUCAACAAAAUUCCUGCAGACCAACGUGAAACUGGUGCAGGAUGGUAAAAGGAACAAGAGCAGCACAAAAACCAAAGCUAUAACAACGUGGAUCGGUAGAAAGGUGAACUUCCGGUCGAGAGCAAGAAGUUACAGCAAGUACAACAAGACCAAGACGACGCUGGUGACGCGAAGCGAAACUUUAUACUCUAUGCCUGUUGAUCAGAGCGUCCUCACUACGCAUUCUUCCGAUGACGGAUCAAUGGAAAAUACCGUUGUCUUCAAGAGAUUCGCCAUCAGAUCCAACUACAUGGAUAAAAGCAUCGAAGCCAAGAAGAAGGUUAUUCGAAUGCUGUUCGUAAUUGUCUUGGAGUUCUUCCUGUGCUGGACACCUCUACAUAUACUGAAUACUGUUCACCUUUACGCCCCUGAAGCUCUAUACAAAACUAUAGGGCCGAUGGGCAUCUCCUUGAUCCAGCUGCUGGCAUACAUAAACAGCUGCUGCAAUCCUAUUACGUACUGCUUCAUGAACCGGAAAUUCCGGCAAGCGUUCUACGUGAUAUUUUGCGCCAAAGGGUUCUCAUUCUGCAGCAAGCGCACUCGCGAGAAGAAGACAGCUCUGAUAAACAAUGGAAAGAUCAAGAUCGUCAAUAAUUCAGAUGUUUCGAUUAACGAGUCUACAAUUUAUCCAGGCAGGGCCAGCACCCUUGGACGUUCCGAAGUGGUGGUGCUGGAGGGCGAGGAUCGUGUUUAGCAGCGGCUCGGAGUACGUACAGGGAUCAUCGUCGACAAGCGGCGGUCGCCUAGUCCAGGUGAUCGCAGCGGCUCCUGACGACGAGUCCUUCAGGUACCGAAUUACCUGGACCAGAUAUAAUCCUUCAGGAUCAGCGUCUCACAAUUCGGUGACCAACCACACUGAUUCCAGUCUGUACUCCUAAUCAGCUGCAAACAAAGAACAUAAUUUUUAUUUUACACAUGAAUCGAACGCAAUGUAUUCAAUGUAAAUAUGUACAUAGCGAGAUCAUCGAGAACGUGUGAUAAUAGAUUUUGUAAUUGGAUUGAGUAACUGUUAAGGACAAGGUAAUUAAGGUGGACGCAAGGACUAACUUCCAAGGUGAUUUAUAUAGAAUGCCGAUGCGAUAAUAAAACAAAAAUGUGCACCCCGUUAAAGGGCCCUUUUUCAGGGUAUUUGUUAUGUAAGAUCGUUCUCUUGCGAGACCCAUUAUGUAGCGUGGCGGCAUUGUGUUAUGGAGGCGUUAAAUUAUUACGGAGUUCCAUUAUACGGCAUGGGUUUAAGAUAAGAAAUUUCUUGGGUGGCGCGGAAUGGGGCUGGGCUGUCGGUAAUGAGAGGAAUAAAAUCUGCUUCGGGUUCCCCGAAACUUCGUCCCGGGACCAUUUCUCACGCCUAUUCUCAUAUUUGCCACUCGAACUGUCUCCAAAAACACAAAAAAAAAACACGCAUUUUAAAUACACAUAAAUAAAACUCAAGAUUUACCAUCUGCACGCAACGAACAAACAAACUGAAAAAAAAGAAGAAAAGAAAUGCUUAAUACCUUCUCUCGGGUUAGUUUCGUCUGCCACGUGAAAUACGCUUCAUAAUUUAAUUCGUACAUAAAGAAACUUUCCAGUUUUCCAGCGGCGGCGAUAUGAAAAGAACUGAAAGUCGAACGUUUCGCUUGUAAUCAUUUCAAAGGUGUGAAUUAUGGAAGUUCUUUUGAGAACUACUAGCAGAUAAAUAUUUCCCAUCCGAAGAUAUAAUUCGCGCUCCAAACGAAGUUUUUACCUACCACCUGGACUCCUUUCUCUUAUAUUCCUGCAGCCGCCUGCAGUUUUGUAAAUAUCAAAUGCGGCUCAGCGGAAGAGAAUAAUUGCAUUUCCGUAUCCCUUUCCAAGAAAUGCUCCCAAACGCAAUUUGCGAAUUUGUCGAAUAUCGAUGGAUGCUUACGUAAUUCGAUAUAU